CGCCCCGCCCCGCGUCUCCCUCCCCUCCACACCCUCCACCCCCCGCGAUCUCUCUCGCCCGGAGCGGCAGGAAGGAGGCGGAGAGGAGGAACCACCACCACCCACCACCAACGGCGCCGCGGCAGGCGUCCCGCGUUCGGCGUUGCCCCUCCUCGCUCACCAUUGCCGCCGCAGCUCGACUGCCCCAACCGACCGACAGGGCCGUCGGGCUUGGCCCCUCGUAGUAAUUAUUAGAGGAUGGGUGUGAUAUCACGGAAGGUUCUGCCAGUGUGCGGGAGCCUCUGCUAUUUCUGCCCCGCGCUGAGGGCACGAUCGAGGCAGCCUGUUAAGCGGUACAAGAAGAUCCUUGCUGAAAUCUUUCCCAGAACACCGGACGAAGAACCAAACGAAAGAAGAAUCGGGAAGCUUUGUGAGUAUGCUUCGAAGAACCCUCUUCGAGUGCCAAAGAUCACAGUAUACCUGGAGCAAAGGAUUUACAAGGAAUUAAGAACUGAGCAGUAUGGCUUUGCCAAAGUGGUGAUGUUGAUAUACCGCAGACUGCUAGUUUCUUGCAAAGAACAGAUGCCACUAUUUGCGAGUAGCUUAUUGAGCAUUGUACACACUCUUUUUGAUCAAAAGAGACAGGAUGACAUGCGUAUAAUAGGGUGUGAAACCUUGUUUGAUUUUGCUGUGAAUCAGGUGGAUGGUACAUAUCAGUUCAACCUAGAAGGGCUGGUCCCAAGAUUAUGUGAACUAGCUCAAGAAGCUGGAGAGGAUGAGAGAGCAACUUCACUGCGUGCUGCAGCUCUGCAGGCCCUUUCAGCUAUGAUCUGGUUCAUGGGAGAGCUUUCUCAUAUCUCAUCAGAGUUUGACAAUGUUGUUGAAGUUGUAUUGGAAAACUACAAACCUCAGAAGACCCAAAAUGAUGAUCAAGGUACCAAAGAUCCAGACUACGAAUCAGUACAAGAAGUCCAGAAAGCAGAGCAUAAUCCUUCCCCCUUUGUGAUCUCGGAGAUCCCCUCUUGGGAAAACAUAGUUAACACUAAGGGAGGAGUUAACCUGCCUAUGGAAGAGGCCAAGGAUCCUAAGUUUUGGUCUAGAAUCUGUGUGCACAAUAUGGCCAAGCUUUCUAGGGAGGCAACAACAUUCCGUCGUAUCUUGGAGUCAUUGUUCCGGUGCUUUGGUAACAGUGGUUCAUGGUCAACAGAGAAUGGACUUGCUCUGUGUAUAUUGUUGGACAUGCAACUGUUAGUGGAAAAAUCAGGGCAAAACAUGCACUUACUAUUGUCUGUACUGAUAAAGCAUAUUGAAAACAAGGCAAUGUUGAAGCAACCAGACAUACAGCUUAGCAUCGUGGAAGCGGCAGCUACCCUUGCGGAACAAUCCAGUGCUCAGGCUUCAGCAGCAACCAUAGGUGCCAUAAGUGAUCUUGUCAGGCAUUUAAAGAGAACGUUCCAUAUUACUCUCGGUAGCAAAGAUGCAGAACUAGUAAAAAGGAAUGAAAAGUUCCGUAAAGCUAUAGAUGAAUGCCUAGUGCAGCUGUCAAAGAAGGUAUCUGAUGCUGGACCAGUACUUGACAUGAUGGCAGUGAUGCUAGAGAACAUUGCAUGCACACCUGUCGUAGCUAGAUCAACUGCGGCAGCUGUUUACCGCACAGCUCAAAUAAUUGCUGCUGUACCAAAUUUGCAAUAUCAGAAUAAGGUAUUCCCAGAAGCUCUAUUUCACCAGUUGCUCUUAACAAUGAUCCACCCUGAUCAUGAAGCUCGUGUCGCUGCACAUCGCAUAUUUGCUAUUGUCUUGGUCCCCUCCUCUGUUUCCCCUUUGAUUCAAGCAAGUGCCGCAAGCCAGGCUAGGACACGUGACAUGCAGAGAACACUCUCUAGGGCUGUCUCCGUAUUUUCAUCUUCAGCUGCUAUCUUUGACAAGUUGAAAAAGGACAAGCACUCUGACAAUUCACAAGGAGAAAGCAAGAUCAACAAUUUGCAUGGAAUUGGUGAAGAUGCCGGAAACCCCAAACGACAAAACCUACCCGUGUCUCAAAGCCGUCGCAGUAGCAUGAGAGUUCCCAACUUUUCCAUGAAAAAAGGUCCUUCAAUGGCCCUGAGAUCAGUUCCUUCAGUGUCUAUUAAGGUUCCCUCCAUGUCUCUUAGAGGUCCUUCAAUGGCCCUGAGAUCAGCACCUUCUAUGUCUGCAAAGGAAAGCCAAAGUUCCCCAACCAAGUCAGAUGAGGAAAUGGAUUCGGUUUUGCUGAAGUUGAGCAGUCGUCAGAUCACACUUUUGCUGACAUCCAUUUGGGCUCAAGCAGUAUCUCCUGAAAACACCCCAGCAAACUAUGAAGCCAUUGCUCAUACUUACAGCUUGCUUCUGUUGUUCUCUGGAUGCAAGGCAUCGAUUUUUGAGGCUCUUACUCAGAGUUUUCAGGUUGCAUUUUCUUUGAGGAGCUAUUCACUUACUGAAGCAGAUUCGUUACCACCGUCACAGCGCCGCUCUUUGUUUACUCUUGCUACAGCCAUGAUUAUUUUCUCUUCAAAAGCUUUCGAUGUGUCACCUCUUGUUCCAAUCUGUAAACAGAUGAUUAAUGACCGAGCGGGUGAUCCGUUCCUUCAGUUGGUGGAUGAGAUUAGACUUCAGGCUGUGAAAGAUUCCUCAGACGACCCAUCAAAAGUAUAUGGAUCGCCAGAGGACAAUACUAACGCGCUGAAGUCCCUUGCAGCAAUAGAACUAUCAGAAAGUCAAUCUCGAGAGUGCAUCGUCUCCACAAUCAUGAACAAUAUAGCAAAUAUUUUGGAUGCGGAGUUGCAUAAUGUGAGAAGCCAACUUCUAAGUGACUUUUCUCCCGAUGACAUGUGCCCAAUGAGCACUCAGUUCUUUGAAGAAGCUCCUGAGAAUUCAUCAUCAGGGUCUCAUGAAAAUGGCCACCAUGAAGAGGCUAUGCUGAUUGACAUCGGAAAUGAUCAUGAUAUCUUUGGGGAAGGUUCAGAAACUGCAGUGGGUUCCAUGACAUUUGUACCUACUUCAGAUCUUAUGAGUAUCGAUCAGCUUCUUGAAACAGUUGUCACAGACCCUACACAUCAGACAGAAAAAUCUCAAGUGUCAGCAGACCUGCCAUUUAUGGAAAUGACUAGCCAAUGUGAAGCCCUCACGAUAGGAAAACAUCAGAAGAUGUCCAGCUUCAUGAGCUUCCAGCAGAACAUGCAAGCAGCUCCCAUGCCAAACCAUCAUCAGCCAAACCAGAUGGAAUUGGAUCUUUUCCAUGAUCCUCAGUUGCCUCAGGCUGGGGUGCAGAGCACAAAUCCAUUCGUCGAUGAAAACAUGCACGGUUACCCUCAGUACAUGAACGCCGACAAUCCGCAGUCAGCUGAUGAUCACUUCCAGCAACAUUUCCUGAAGCUGCCGGCAGCGAACCCUUACGACAACUUCCUCAGGGCUGCGGGCUGCUGAAGGUGAUCAAAAUUCAGCGAGGAACAGCAGCGAAGUCCGUCGCGUCUCGGCGCAUUGUACCGACAGGUAGUGCACACAGAUCGAGAUCUCAGGUUGCCACCCAAGAUGUGGCAAUUUCCCGUAUAUAUUCUUUUUGCCACAAAGAUGUAACAUGUCUGCCUAUCCGUGCGCGCGUGUGGUAGAGAGGGUCGUCAAGUACCGGAUUCAACACCCAUUCCAUUCAUUCUUUAUGCAUAUUGGUAUAUAGGUUGGUUGCUGCGCUGUAUAUUAUCCGAUGUACGCUGACGUGUAGAGGGACUGGGGGCCGGGGAGCAGUGCCUUCUACCACCACAGAAGUUUGUACAUGCAUGUAGAUUGUUGCUCAUGCUGCAGAUUGCAGAAUAUAUAACGAAAAGAAUGUGUAUGGCUUUUUGACCGAAGUUGGAAGGGGAGAGCCCUACCUGAAUAAAAAGGGGGAACCGAAAGAGUUCCAAACCA